UUCCCGCCACAAAUAAACCGCGUCGUGAUCGGGGUGGCAGGCGUAGCAAUUUUGAUCGGAGAAUGUUUUAGCGCUCGUGCAAAAGAACGACCAUGGUACUUUCGUCCGGUACGCCUCCUGACUUCGCGUGGAUUGGUGAUUUCACCAUACAGGACAGGCGAUCCAAGCACAGAUGCUACAGCAAGUUUCGGCUUUCGGGCACGGAAUACGCUGUUGGUGACUGCGUGCUGAUUCGAGAUGACGACAGUAUGGACCCCGAAGAACUGCGCAACUGCUUCGUGGGCCGAAUCAAGAACGCUUUUGACACCGGAGACCUCAGCAAGGACCACCGCUUUGUGACAGUCCAGUGGUACCUGAGGGUCACGGAGCUGCCGCCGACACAGCAGGGACGCCUUGGACACUGUGACUACUUCCGGGAGGUACUCCUGGACGAGAGGUCCGCAUGGGCGGACACGGUCGACAUCGAAACCAUCUUUGGAAAAUGCUCUGUGUUGAUGCUGAAUCCCGACAUCUUGCCCGAAUUUGUGUUUGAACUGACGGAUGCACAAGGGAACCCGCUCUUCAUCUGCCGCUGGAGGUACAAUGGCAGGACAGUCGUGCCUGCCAUUGACACUGGAACGCCUUCGUCUGCCGGCCGCAAAAGGUCCUCUAGAACACCGAGGUCGUCUUCACGGUUUGCAGACUUCGAGAUGACCGCUUCGACACGGUCAACCGGGAAAUGUAAAAGCUCUAGGAGCCUGUUUCCCGAGUCUGGGGAGCAGACGACUGGAAGCCGUGUCGCUUGCAGAGUCCAAGGAGCAGACGACCCUCUCCUGGCUCUUGCAAGUCUCCAGAAGUCUGAGACAUCCCCCAGCAAGGUGCGGCUGGUGUCUCCGCUGAAGGUCAAGAGGGAGAACCAAAGCUGGAACUGCUCAAAGCCCUUGACGCCGACAGGAGGUCGGCACUGCAAGGAAACACCGGCCGACCGAAGCAGAGGCAUCUCGAAAAGGUUGCCUUCGGAGGGCACGGCAGAAAACCAAAGAUCGCCAUCCAAAAGCGUCAAGUUUGAAGACAACGUGUUUGUCACUCCAACGCGUGCCCGUGGAACGAGAGCCAGGAGGUGCCUGACUGAACCUGGAACGAGAGCGUUGGAUAACGACACGCCUCGCCGAGAACCGCCCAAAUUCUCACGAUCGGGUCGAAAGCUGAAGAGCAUCCACCGCUCGCUCGAUUUUUCUUUGGAUGAAAGCGAUGACGAAGUGUUUACCCGUGAAAGGUCAAAGCAGCAUACGCCAGUGAGCAGACGUAAGCUCGACAUGGGAGAGAAGCCGAAACGGCUGCAGCUUGCCUCCAAUCCGGAAUGUGAAACGAGUGACGACGACGAUGACACCGUUUUCAAGGCAGUCGAUACGAGCUCCUCGGAUGACAGUGACUUUGAAGAUGUGGGGAAGAAGGUUUCCAGAAGAUCGGUGCAAAGGAGAGGAAGCGGCAAGAAACCGUCGGCUCGCACGACACCAGUCUCUGCGCGGAAAUCGACGGCGACGUUGACGCCGUCCCUUCCGAGACGUGAAAGCGUCAUCUCGGUUCGGCAGACGCCGCUCGACAUUGCAAAGUUAAGGCUUCAUGUGUCAGCUGUGCCAGAAUGCCUCCCGUGCCGCGAGCAAGAGUUUGCCGACAUCUACUCCUUCAUCGACGGCAAGCUCCAAGACGGCACAGGCGGGUGCAUGUACAUCUCAGGAGUUCCUGGCACAGGCAAGACAGCCACUGUGCACGAUGUGAUUCGAGUGCUUCAGCAGUCUGUCGACAGUGGCUCCCUGCCUCCCUUCACAUUCGUGGAGGUCAACGGCAUGAAGCUGACCACGCCUUUUCAGUGCUACAGCCACAUCCUCAAGGCACUCACGGGGGAAACGGCGACGGCGGAGCACGCUGCGGACCUCCUGGGACGCCGCUUCGAGAGUCGCGGCCCCAAGCGCGAGCCCGUGGUGCUCCUGGUCGACGAGCUGGACCUCCUGUGGACGCGCAAGCAGCAGGUCAUGUACAACCUGUUUGAAUGGCCCUCCCGGCCAGGCUCCAGGCUCGUUGUUCUCACCAUCGCAAACACUAUGGACCUCCCCGAAAGACUCAUGUCCAACCGCGUGUCCAGUCGUCUGGGGCUCACGCGUAUGACCUUUCAUCCAUACAACCACAAGCAGCUCCAGGAGAUUGUUCUGUCGAGGAUGCAGGAUCUUGAAGCUUUCGAUCCCGAUGCCGUUCAAUUGGUUGCAAGGAAGGUGGCAGCAGUGUCUGGAGACGCGAGGCGUGCCUUAGACAUCUGUCGCCGGGCGGCCGAGAUCGCAGAGCUCUUCUUCCAAGGCAGCCCCAAGAAGAAGUCAAGGCACAUCGUGGGCAUGGCACAUGUAGACCAAGCCAUCCAGGAGAUGUUCUCCUCUCCCAAGAUCAUAGCAAUGCAAAAUUUGGCGCUGCAGGAGCAGCUCUUCAUGCGUGCAGUUGUCGCGGAGUUUGAGCGCACGGGCGUGGAAGAAGGAACCUUCGCCAGCGUCUACCAGCAACACAUCUCCCUCUGUAGACUGGAAGGAGCCAAGCCCCCAACCCUCUCUGAAGCAUCCGCUGUGUGUGCGCGUCUGGCAAGCUGUCGUCUGCUCCUGGCGGAGCUGGGCUGCAACGACCUAUUCUACAAGAUCCAGCUGAACGUCAACACGGACGACGUCAACUAUGCACUCAAGAACGCUUAGUCACUCUUCUGGCAAUGUUUCCAGAUGCUCGUUGACCUUAAUGUGGAUCUUUGCCAGAAUUCCACAACCAUAUGAAAGUGUUCAGUGAAAAAGAACGGAAGAAUAGCACAAGUAAAUUUUUAAAAGUUUUAUGGACCAGCGAUUUUUUAAAAUGUUGAUCUUACUUUAUGUAUCUACAAGCUCACUGCCACUUUUUACUGCAGUUUGUUCAAGGCAGCUUGCUGUUGAUUUUUCUCCCAAGUGCUACUUGCUCAACUUAAAAUGUACCGUUCAAAGUGUAUAGUUUCAUUGUCUUUGGAACAACUUGUGAUAAGCAUUUGUUGUACAAGAAUCAUUGCCUUGCAAAUCCAGUGUGAAUGUUCUUAGCUUUGUUGGUAUUUUGAUAAACGGGAGUUGCUUUUGCUGAAGCGUUUCUUGACAAGAGCUUGUAUGCAAGCUGCUGAAUGAACAAUAGCCUGAAGGACAGAGACAAGAACACGAAGACGGGACAAGCACUAACUCGGAACUGUCAUUCUUAUCCAGAAGUGAAAAUAGGCAUAAAAAAGGACAAAAGAAAAAGACAGUCCACCUCUCCUGGAGAAAAAUGAGUUAUCGCUUGUCCCGACUUUGUAUUCUUUUCCGUGUGUAUUCUUCACUCUAUUUAUUGUUCAGUAUGCUUCACCAACUGGGCCAACGUUUUGUACAAGCUGCUGAAUUUUAUAACUUUUUACGAAGGAGAAUGAAUAAAGUGUUUUUACCAUUUU